CGCGCCGGUCGACCGGAAACCUCGCUAGGAAACCUCACUCUUCUUCCCCUUUCUUCCCCAGCUGCGCCGCUCCACUCCACUCCGCUCCAGCCGGCGCACCCUGCCGGAGGCCGGCACCUUAGCUCGCCGCUUCCUGCCAGACGGAGGAUCCAUUAAUCGGGAGCCGCGUUUGAGAAUCCGCUCCUCUUCCGCUCGAUUCCCCCUUUCGCUUGGCCGCUCACCGUCUCGAUCUCGAACCCUAGCCACGCAGCAAUGCCUGCUAAUCCCAGCAGGAGCAGGAAGCGGGGCCAUUACCAUCCGAGCAUAUCUUCCAAGAGGUCGAGCCGGAAGGGCGACACGGCGUACAGGUGCUCGCCGCACCUCAUCCCGCCGAUAAUAAAGCUUCUCAGCGACGAGCAGAGAGGCUUCGUCGAAAAGAUCGGGUUCGGGAGCCUGCUGUCCAUGCCGGGCUUCGAGAUGAACAGGGCCCUCACCAUGUGGCUGGUUGACAGGUUCAGCUGCGACGCCGAGGCGCUCGAGUUCCAAGCCGGCGUGUCCGUCCCGGUGAGGCCGCUCGUGGCCUCCGUCCUCGGGAUCCCUUCCGGCCCCAUCCAGGUCGUGCCGGGCCUCGACGUCGACGACGCCCUCUACGGCCAGUACCGCUCCGUCAAGGGGAAGAACGCCAAGAAACUGGCCGAGGAAAUGCUCGGCGUGACCGAGGAGGAGCCCUUCUGCAUAGCAUUCGUCAUGGCGAUGCUCGCCAUGUACCUGGCGCCCAACACAACCUUGCUUGCCAACAGGUGCCUUUUCGGCGCGGUUCAGCGUGUCGGCAGCCUCAAAGAGAUGGACUGGUGCGGUUUCGUCGCCGACUUCCUCUUCAAAGGCAUCAGGAAGUUCAAGGAAUCGGCCGCGCCCUUUGUUUUCGUCAAGGGCUGUGUGCACAUUCUGAACGUCAUUUUCAUCGAUCUUGUGAAACACGCCGCGUUUGAUGUACCAGGCGGCUUUCCACGCUUGGGAUUUGUCACUACAGACCAUAACAAAUGGGUGGCUUCACACCCCUUUGGUAGCUUGCCGGUGCGUCGUUUAGAAGAGUCUGUCUAUGCUCCCGUGCUCAAUAACAUGGGGAAGGGUAGCAUUAUUGAACGCGGAACACGUGCUGAUUCUGAUACAAAUACUGAUCCACUGGCCAAUCAGCUUGCUAUCACUGUCACCCAUCAAAAUAACCAACAUCCGGUUUCAGCAGGUCCUGGCACUGCCAGAACAACCCCUAAUAUAACGAGCUUGGCCUGUGUUGAAUAUGUAGAGUUAUCAUCAGAUCAAUCUGCAGAUUCAGGUAACACUCCCAGAGUUGAAGCGUGCACUUUCUUGGAAGAAUGUGUAGUUUUUACAAGAAGUCAGCAAGUGCAGUCUGCUGGGCCUUCUUCUGAACCGUAUUCCGAACAAAUUACGGAGAAGAUGCAGAUUACUCCAGAUGCCACUUUGGGAAGGAACAGGGGUUCGCCGAAGGACGAUUGGAGGCCCGAGAAGGCGAUUGUGGAGCUGCCCAACAGUGAGCAAGUACAGCGAGCCGGAGAAGGCACCAUAAGGAUGAACAUGAGUUUGCUUAGUUGUCGUGUCUGCUACCACCCCGUUAAGCCCCCUGUCUUCCAGUGCAAUGUCGGUCAUUUAGCUUGCGGCAGAUGCCUCGCUGAGCUCCCCGGCGAACAGUGCCAUAUCUGUGAGCACGGCGGUGGCUUUAGCCCCUGUCCAGUGAUGGACGACGUCGUCUUGUCGAGCAAGAUGAAGUGCUUCCACGACGGCUGCCAGAGCUACGUCCCCUACCACGAGCUCGACGACCACCAGAGAGUGUGCCCACAUGCGCCCUGCUUCUGCAUGGAGCCCCGUUGCGGCUUCGGCGGACCUCCGCCGGCGCUCCUUGGCCACCUCACUGCGGUUCACUCAGUGCCAGUGCAGAAGGUCCACUACGGCAACAUUCACCGGCUCCGGUUUUCGGAGCCACGGUGCCUGCUCCAUGCGGAAGAGGACGACGGUGUGUUCCUCCUGGCCGUGUGCGCACUCGGCAUGGCCAGCGUCGUGUCUGCCGUGUGCAUCAGAGCGGGAGCAUCCCCGGAGCUGCGAUACUCGAUCAAGCUCCGGGCGAAUGGUCCGCCGCCACCGAGCAGCGCGGCAGGCAGCAUUCUGUUGGACAUUAAGGCGGUGACGAACAGCAGGAGGCCCGGGGAGGUGGCCGUGGAGGAGCUGCCGUCUUUCUUGAUGGUGCCGCCUACUUAUCUGGUUGGUUCUGGGGCGUCCAAGGAGGUGUCUCUCGACAUUCGCAUUGACAAGAUGUGAUAUGGUUUAUGCUGGCUGAUGUAAGUAUUUUGCAUGAUUUCUUCAUGGAAAAUACACUGGUGUAAUGGCUGCUAGAUGCCACUGAACUUGCCGAGUGGAUGGAAAAACAAGUGAAAUUCAUCCUCAGACCUUUGGGCCAACCACGAAAAGGGGAACCUUCUCCCCCUUGCGUGAUCAUUGUGCUCCGGAAUUUUGGAGGUCCUACAACUUUUUUGGCACCCCCCAUCAAAAUUCCGAACGAAUUUCAAAA